AGCCGUAUCAUCGUGAGAAUUAAAGGCGCAUGUCUGGAGUCCAGCUUUCGUUGCGAGACCAACAGAAUUACCCGUAUCCUUGUGCCGCCUCUCAAGUAACUUUUCUUCUAUAUAAUUCUCAGAUGUACCGAUUCUGUGUGGCAUUAACACCAAGCACCUCAGAGGACGAGCAGGUUGUGAGAAAAUCAGAGAAGCCAGCUUCAAAACCACCGACUCCCGAGGUAGAAGACUGCACAUUUUCUGAAAAGAACAAUGAUCAAAGAAAAAUUGAAAAAGAAACAGAAUCAGAAGAAUCGAGUAAUUUGAAAUUUCCGCCUGCUCGACCAUCAAUUCGGAAUGCGACGAAUUUCCGCCGAAUAAUUUGUAUUUCUGAAUCAGAUAGUGGAAAGGAAGAGCCGGUAGUGAAGAAGGAAGUCUUGAAAACAAAUAAACUCAGAAUAUCUGAAACGAAGCCCGAGUAUCCUCCAGAACUUCUACAACUUGAAGCAAGACUCCAGGAACUUCGAGCUGGCCGAAAAAAUAAACAAGGACGAAUAAACCGCAAGUUCGUGGCUAAACCCUGUGGAGUUGUGAGUGGAGAGACACCUCAACGUCCAUUUCUUGAAGAAAUGUAUUAUUUCAAUCCUCAGGAAACUGGAACUGCGAGCGAGAUUUUCGACAUGCUUUUCCCUGCAAAAGAUACUCCAAAUUUUCGCCCAUGGCUUGAUGGGCACUUUUCGGCUCCAGAUUUGCAGUUCAAACAAAUAGAAAAACAACGACAAACUAAACUCCAUUCAUACACAGGGACCACGUUACAAGAAAAAAAACGCAAAAAACGAAAAAAAAUAUUGAAAAGUAUUCAAGAAAUAUUGUGGCUUCUACACUUCCAGAAACAUGAUGAUUUCUUGGAAUCAACGAGUCGCCUCACAAUUAAGAACUUUUCAUGCCAUUUUGAUGAACAUCAGCGGCUUAAAUUGCUGCGUAACAACGAUUUAUCAUUAAUAUGUAAUUAUCAAAUCGGAUCAGAAAAUACUCCAAUUUUUAACCAAAGAAGCACGGAUUGUAUGCUUAGACCCGUAUUUAUAGAUGGCUUAUCAUUCAUGGACAUGCUAAUUCCGAUCUCAUCGUCGCUUCCAAUAAUUUCCACGAGAUCUCUACUUGAAAUACUUUUAAAUUUCAUUCUAGACGGGUGCCAAACUGUAAUAUACUUGCCAGAUUAUUAUAACGAUACAACUAACCAAAAAGUCGAUGACUCGACUAUUUUUCAAUUCUUGUGCAAUUCAAAACUUAUACAGUUUGUUGACGGGCGGAGUCGGAGGGCUGUGGAACGACAAGUAUUGCUUGAAGCUGAAAAGGUCCAUGGAGUCUUUGUUUCCUCAGCGGAAGAGUUUCUAACCCGAAACGCUAUUCAAUGCUUUCCAGUGAUUAAUCGUUAUUCUAAAAGACUUGAUGAAUUUCUAAUUUGCACAGUAUUCCUAGUCAAUAAUCUUCCGAAAAAAAUACUCGCACAAGAUUUCGUUGAAGAAUCUAGAGUUUUGAAACCUGAAGGGAGUUCUUCAGCCGUAUCAAGCACAACUGUCCUAGAAGAAUCACAUCAAAAAAUCAGUGGAGCUAUGGAAGACUCUGAGGAUGAACCUGCUGAUCCACAAACGUUGAAACAAGAAUAUUUGAUUAAAGAGGAAUGUUCUGAAAUAUCAGAAGAUUCUGAAGAAGGAGCUAUCGUCGAUGUUGCUUCCAGCUCAGGCGACUUAUCCGAAAACCGUGAUCAGAAAUCUGAAAACGAAGAAUUUGAAUAUUCCCCGCAUCAGUUAACUCUUGAGCAACAAACAUAUUUGAUUUCCUCUAUGGCGCAACUCUCUAUUUUCCAUUUCCAACGCUAUCGCCAAAUAAGAGUAUUCCUUAUGAUUAUAAAACGUUACGUGCCAGAACUUUUACCUAGUUUUAUGCAAAAAACUCGCAUGGAUGAUGUUGCUAUGGCAAUUCAAGACAUUCAGAACGGGAAGGACCUUCUUUAUUGGCCUAUUUUCUCAAAAAUUGAUAAUUAAUAUGUUCAAUAAAAAUAUUUUCGCAUUUC